CACAUAGACGAAAAUAGUGACCACCAACAAUAGAUCCCUUUCCUCUUGAUCGGAACAAACCCUGGGACCCACCGGUGUUCCCGGACGGCUGCCGCCAAAUUCCCCCAUCAUUUAGUUCUCCCUUUCACUCCAUUAAACCCCAGAACAUCAAUCUCUCUCUCUAUAUAUCUCUCUCUGUAUCUAUCUGUAUCUAUAUGUUUCUCUCUCCUAAAAGAUAAAAGUUUCUUUGAGAACCCCCUAUUUAUAACAAGCUUAGGUAGCCUUUCGGUGCCCAAAUUCAGUAACUUUCACUCUUUGUUCCUCUCUUUUUCCUUCUUUUUCUGAUCCCUCCAAAUAAUGUAAAAACUUCAUUCUUACUCUGCCAAUCUCAAACUGUAAAUCGGACAAGUCUGUGCACGUCAUACACAAAAUGUAUGCCAUAUCACAAGCACACUCUGAUAUAUUCCAAUUCCAUAUUCAGAUAUUCUCCAGAGCUCACAACAAAAAAAGCAAAAGCUGACUCCCAUUUUCGCAACCUCAAAUCUAUAACCCCCAUUCAAGAUCUGUAACUAUGGCGGUUGAUGUGUGCUCUGAGAUUUCAAGUCUAGGAGCCAGCCCGAGAAUCUCAUUUUCUCAUGAUCUCAACCAAACAGAGAACAGCGGCGUAACUCCUCCGGUGGUGGUCCGAUCAGACUUUUCACUCUUGGACUCAAAUUCCGAUUUCCAUUUCUGCAUCUGUAAGAGCUUUGAGCUCCCAUCAGCUGAUGAGCUCUUCUCCAAUGGCAAGAUCCUUCCUACCCAGAUCAAGAAAGUCGUCAAAACCAAUCAAACUCAACAACCCAAUUCGAAUUCGGUCCCUUUUCAGCCGACCCAGAUCAGGAAAGUCAUCAAAACCAACCAAACUCAACAACCCAGUUCAAAUGAGAAUGCAAUCGAAGAUAAACCGAAGAAAAAGAGAUUGAAAGAGUAUCUGUCGAGCAAUUUCGAUACAGAGGACGAAGAAGAAGAAGCAGAGAAGCCUAUGUUGAAAUCGUUCUGGCAAUUCAGGCGAAGCAGUAGUCUCAACUGUGACAACAGACAUACUAAGAGCUUAAUCCGAUCUCUACAGUUCUUGUCGCGGAGCAAUUCAACUGGUUCGGUCCCAACUGUGCAGAAACAGAGAGCAUCCACCAAGGAGAAUCAGAAGCAUCAAGCUCCGAAGCAACAGUCAUCGUCAAUUGGUGGCGCGAAAUCGCCACCGGCGUUAAAUUCCGCCGCAUUUUGUUCUUAUAAUUCGUCGAAAAAGACUCCGUCGGGGAAGAAUUGCAGGUCUUAUAGCAAUGGUGUUCGAAUUAGUCCGGUUCUGAAUUUUCCGCCUACUUACAUUUCCUUGGGGACUAUGAAUUUGUUCGGGUUUGGUUCAUUAUUCUGUAACGGUAAGUCCAAAAAGAAGAAGAAAUGAUAUAUCAAUCAAUAUAUAUAAACUAUAUCUCUUUGUGUGUGUAA